AUGGAUCCGCUUGAUGAGGAGUCCUUCUUGGAGGAGCUCAUGCCGCUUCACCGGGAGGAGGCGCCGGCGCCGCCGUACCCGGGCAGCAACAGCAUGAUGACGAUCAGCGACCUCCUCUUCUACGGCGGCGGCAAGGGCUGCACUGCCGAGGAGAGGAGUGGCCCAUUUCAGCAGCCCAUGCUGCCCUCGCCGCCGGCCGUGCGUCCGCACCCGCACCAGGAGUUCGACUUCAACUACCUGAGCGAAGUGUGCAACCCCUGGAGGAGCUGCAUCCCUGACCCUCCCGCGGUCGUCCAGGCUGCUGCCGGCAAGGCGCCGCUCACUCUUCCCCUCCAUGACGCUAUUGCGAGCUCGUCAACGUUCGUGUUCGGGGGAGGGGCCGGGGAGAGCUCGGGGAUGAGAAGCAUGCCGGCCUCCGGCACCCACCCGGAGAGCAAGCUCAAUGCCGGAAGCGGAACUCCGUCAAAGAACCUCAUGGCGGAAAGGCGGCGCCGGAAGCGGCUCAACGACCGCCUCUCCAUGCUCCGGUCCACCGUGCCCAAGAUUAGCAAGAUGGAUAGGACUGCGACCCUCGGGGACACCAUAGACUACGUCAAGGAACUGACCGAGCGGAUUAAAACCGUGGAGGAGGAGAUGGGCACCACGCCCGAGGAGCUGAACCUGCUCAAAAAUUUCUCCAGCGGUGGCAACGAGGGGACGCCGACGAGGAGUUCCACCAAGUUAUGUGCUAACGUCGAGAACCAAGGCGGGGGCGACACGAAGAUUGAGAUCUGCUGCUCGACAAACCCCGGAGCGCUGAUUGCGACGGUGACCGCGCUGGACGUGCUGGGGCUGGAGAUCGAGCAGUGUGUCGUGAGUUGCUUCAGUGACUUCGCCAUGCAGGCCUCGUGCUCACAAGCGGAAGGGAAGAGGCAGGUGAUAAGCACAGACGAGAUCAAGCAGGCAUUGUUGAGGAGCGCAGGCUACGGGGCAAGGUGUCUCUAA